CAUAAUAUGACAUAUUUUUAAAAUUAGUUCUUCCCAAAAAUGUGUAUGUUUAAUUCUUCGUGUAGAUUAUUAGAAUGUCGUCCUAGAUCUAUUUAUAGUAAGUGCCAUGAUGAUGAUAAGUCAAGUUAUUACUACAAGUAUGAUGUGAAGGAAGCUACUAAUACAAGAAAUAAGUUAGAUUGGCUAAGGACUAAUAUUAUCGGUGAUGAUUUAGAGUUCAUUUCUCCUUUUGGUAAACGUAAGUUUACGUACCUUGAUUGUACUGCUAGUGGGAGAUGUUUACGCUAUAUUGAAGAUUACAUCCUACAAAAUGUUCUUCCUUUCUAUGGAAACACCCACACAUGUGAUAGCUAUGUAGGUCAAGAGACAACAAAAAUGGUAAAACAAGCAAGUGAAUACAUAAAGUCAUGUUUGGGUGGAGGUAAAAAUGACGCCCUAAUAUUCUGUGGUUCAGGCUCAACAUCAGCCAUUAAAAGGCUUCAAGAAGUGAUGGGAGUUUCAAUUCCAUCAAUCUUAAGAGAUAAAAUGUUAAAGAUUUUAGCAAAUGAAGAAAGAUGGGUAGUUUUUGUUGGAGCUUAUGAACACCACUCUAAUUACCUUUCUUGGAAGCAAAGUCUUGUUGAAGUGGUUGAAAUUAGUAUGAGUGAAGAUGGUUUGUUAAAUUUGCAAGAAUUAGAGGAGAAGCUUGAGUUUUAUAGGUCUAGUCAAAGGUGUAUGAUGGGUUCAUUUUCUGCUUGUAGUAAUGUCACCGGGACUUGUUUGGAUACUAGGAAAAUUUCUUCUCUUCUUCAUCAAUAUGGUGCUUUUGCUUGCUUUGAUUUUGCAUCAAGUGGGCCAUAUGUAGAGAUCAAAAUGAGAUCGGGUGAAAUGGAUGGCUAUGAUGCAAUAUUUCUUAGCCCACAUAAGUUCCCUGGAGGGCCAGGAUCUCCAGGCAUCCUCAUGAUGAAUAAAGCUUUGUAUCAUUUGGGAUCUUCUCCUCCUUCCACGUGUGGAGGUGGUACAGUUGAUUUUGUCAAUUGCUUUUCUGAACAGGACACAAUAUAUGUGGACGAUAUAGAAGAGAGAGAAAAUGCGGGGACUCCACAAAUAAUUCAAACAAUUAAAUCAGCUUUAGCUUUUCGGGUGAAGGAAUACAUUGGGUGUGAAUUAGUCCAAAAACAAGAGGGAUAUUUUAUUGAAAAAGCUUUGGAAAGACUCCUUCCUAAUCCAAACAUUUUUAUAUUAGGCAACACAAAAGCAAAACGACAAGCAAUUUUGUCGUUUCAAGUUUACUCAUUUUCCAUAGACCCAUCAAGUGGUAGGAAAAGAGGGAAACCACUUCAUGGUGCUUUCCUAGUCAAACUUCUUAAUGACUUGUUUGGGAUUCAAGCUAGAGGAGGUUGUGCUUGUGCUGGACCUUAUUCUCAUCACUUGCUCAAUAUUGACCAUCAUCAUUCACUUGUUUUGAGAUCUUAUAUAGAGAAGGGUUAUAAAGGAGUGAAGCCAGGAUGGGCGAGAAUCAACUUUCCAUACUAUCUAUCCAACGAAGAUUUUGAGUUUAUCUUAUUAGCCUUGGAAUUCAUUGCUUCAUUUGGACAAAGUUUUCUUUCCAUAUACAACUUCAAUUGGAAAACUAGUGAAUGGGCAUUUAGCAAGCAAAAGUUCCAAGAAGUUAUGCAUGAAAGUGGUGUGGAUUGUGGUAUAGAAGCACUAAGUUUAGAUGAUCAUCAAAAUCUAGUUGAAGACCAUAAUGCAAAGCGAUUGAUCAAUGGGCAAGUAUUGAAACAUAAGUAUGCAUCAUACUUAGAAAAUGCAAGGCAUAUUGCUAAUUGUUUACCUAUAUGUCCAAAAGAAAGUCCCGUACCUAAAGAUAUUGACUCAAAGUUCUUGUUAUAUAGAGUUUAGUUUGAUAGAUAUUACUUUUAUAACGAUUUGUUUGAUGUGAAUUUUUGGUGUACUUAUACAUUAGCAUAAUGAUGUUGACUAAUGAUAUUUCUAAGUGUUGGUACUAUUGUUUGGACCUACUAGCUGUGAAUAAUUCGCAUUAAUAUAAUAUUAUCUGCUUUGGAUUGAGUCUACACAGAUUUA